AGUCCACGUGGUGCACCGGAGUCGUAUUUUGGGACAGACUCGAGCAUCACACCGGAAAAAGGUAGAGAAGUUGCCCGUCAGUGUGAACUCCUCCCUUCCGUCGUCUGAUUGGUCUGAUUGCCCUUUCGCAAGGACUUCUGGGUUGGCAAAGUGCGCGAAGCCUGCUGCAGUGCGGGCUUCGCUGAAGACUAAAUCAAGGGGGCAAAGGAGGCGCUGAUGAGCACACUUCAAAGCUUAAAAAUGACAGAUGGGACACCCUACGGACUCGUAUACUAAGCGAGAACGCGCAAUUUAAGGCCACGAGACAAAAAGUCCACAUGAAGUGCGCCAUUUGGGACAGGGCCAGAGUAUACUGUUUGGCCAUAGGAUCCAGCGGCGAACGCGGUGGAUUGUGGGUUUUUUUUUUAGGAACGCGUAGUUUUCUUCACACUCCAUCACAGUAGAUGGCGGUUUGCACCUAUGAAGUUGGUUUGCAUUCCGCCAUAAAAACCUAAAGAAGAAGAAGAAGGAGGAGGCGAAGAAGAAGAAGAAGAAGAAGAAGAAGAAGGAGAUUGUGGGUCUACCCCAAGAUGGCCGCGUCAUUGUAGCCUAAUGAAAAUGGAUGCAGAGUUAUUUCACUCCCCUGUGGUGGGGCUUACAGAGGAGGAGGAGGUGGACAUGACUGACUGGAACCUUCCACUGGCUUUCAUGAAGAAACGCCACACAGAGAAAAUUGAGGGAUCCAAAGCUUUGGCUCAGAGCUGGAGAAUGAAAGACAGGAUGAAAACCGUAAGCGUGGCUCUGGUGUUGUGUCUUAAUGUUGGUGUGGACCCUCCUGACAUAGUCAAGACUUCACCUUGUGCCAGACUAGAGUGCUGGAUAGACCCUCUGUCUAUGAGUCCACAGAAAGCCCUGGAGACAAUAGGGACCAACUUACAGAAACAGUACGAGAACUGGCAGCCCAGGGCCCGCUAUAAGCAGAGUUUGGAUCCUACAGUUGAUGAGGUGAAGAAAUUGUGUACUUCACUGCGAAGAAAUGCUAAAGAGGAACGUGUUCUCUUUCAUUAUAAUGGCCAUGGUGUUCCACGACCCACUGUCAAUGGAGAGAUUUGGGUCUUCAACAAGAACUACACCCAGUACAUCCCUCUCUCCAUCUAUGACCUACAGACGUGGAUGGGGAGUCCCUCCAUAUUUGUGUAUGAUUGCUCCAAUGCAGGAAUCAUUGUCAAGUCAUUCAAACAGUUUGCGCUGCAAAGGGAGCAAGAGCUGGAGGUGGCAGCAAUUAACCCCAACCACCCAUUGGCCCAGAUGCCUCUACCUCCCUCCAUGAAGAACUGCAUUCAGCUAGCUUCUUGUGAAGCCAGUGAACUCCUGCCCAUGAACCCUGACCUCCCUGCUGACCUCUUCACCUCCUGUCUCACCACACCAAUCAAAAUUGCCCUGCGCUGGUUUUGUAUGCAGAAGAGUGCAAAGCUGGUGCCAGGAGUGAACUUGGACCUCAUUGAGAAGAUCCCAGGCAGGCUGAAUGACAGGAGGACACCACUAGGAGAGCUAAACUGGAUUUUUACAGCUAUCACUGACACAAUCGCUUGGAACGUCUUGCCAAGAGAUCUCUUUCAGAAACUGUUCCGUCAGGAUUUGUUGGUGGCCAGUCUUUUUCGUAAUUUCCUAUUGGCUGAGAGAAUUAUGAGGUCUUAUAACUGUACACCAGUCAGCAGUCCCAGACUACCACCCACAUACAUGCACGCUAUGUGGCAGGCAUGGGACCUUGCGGUGGACAUCUGCCUUUCCCAGCUCCCCACUAUUAUUGAGGAGGGCACAGCUUUCAGGCACAGUCCAUUCUUUGCUGAGCAGCUGACAGCGUUUCAGGUUUGGCUUACACUGGGUAUUGAGAACAGAAAUCCACCUGAGCAGCUGCCUAUUGUCCUGCAGGUACUCUUAAGUCAAGUACACAGACUGAGAGCACUGGAUUUGCUUGGGCGGUUUUUGGACCUGGGCCCAUGGGCUGUCAGUCUGGCCCUAUCGGUGGGGAUUUUUCCGUAUGUGUUAAAACUGUUGCAGAGUUCAGCGAGAGAGCUCAGGCCUCUGUUGGUCUUCAUCUGGGCAAAGAUACUUGCUGUGGAUAGUUCUUGUCAAGCCGAUCUCGUUAAAGACAAUGGACACAAGUAUUUCCUGUCAGUGCUGGCUGAUCCAUACAUGCCUGUGAGUGUUUUAUUGGCUGAGCAUCGGACCAUGGCUGUCUUCAUUCUUGCUGUGAUUGUCAACAAUUACAACACAGGACAGGAGGCAUGUCUGCAGGGUAACCUCAUUGCGAUUUGUCUGGAGCAGCUUAAUGACCCUCAUCCUCUCCUCAGGCAGUGGGUGGCUAUCUGUCUGGGUCGAAUCUGGCAGAAUUUUGAUUCUGCACGCUGGUGUGGAGUUCGAGACAGCGCCCAUGAGAAACUCUACAGUCUCCUGUCUGAUCCCAUACCAGAGGUGCGUUGUGGAGCUGUGUUUGCAUUGGGUACAUUUGUGGGCAACUCUGCUGAAAGAACAGACCACUCCACCACCAUUGAUCAUAACGUGGCCAUGGUGCUAGCACAACUUAUCAAUGAUGGCAGUCCUAUAGUGAGGAAGGAGCUGGUUGUUGCCCUCAGUCAUCUGGUGGUGCAGUAUGAGACUAAUUUCUGUACUGUGGCUCUACAGUUUAUAGAGGAAGAAAAGAACUAUGCUGUACCCUCACCUGCCAAUUCCACAGAGACCGGAAACGUUACCCCUGUCAGGGAAAGUCCCACCGUUCCUCGUUUACGAUCAGUAAACUCCUACACAAACCUUAGAGCUGCCACUACUGCUCGAACCCUCAACAAGAGCCUUCAGAACCUCAACCUCAACGAAGAGGGUGGUCCAGCAACAUUCUCUCCAGGCAACCUGAGCACCAGUAGCAGCGCCAGUAGUACCCUGGGCAGCCCUGAGAAUGAUGACUACCUCCUCUCUUUUGAAACCAUAGACAAGAUGAGGAGAGUCAGCUCAUACUCUUCCUUAAACUCUCUCAUUGGUGUGUCUUUUAACAGUGUAUAUACUCAGAUUUGGAGGGUACUACUGCAUCUUGCAGCUGAUCCAUUUCCAGAUGUCUCUGAUCUGGCCAUGAGGGUCCUCAACAACAUUGCAUACAAGGCUACCAUUAACGCUCGGACACAAAGAAUUUUAGACUCUGGAUCUCUAACUCAAUCAGCUCCCUCCAGCCCCACCAGCAAAGGAACACUCAUACAUCAGGCAGGCAUGCUGCAUUGCAGAUCCAAACGGUCUUCAUCUCCUUCCAGCGGAUCUCCGCCAAUGCCUGGUGCCUCCAGCUCCAGCCUCACCAAUGAAGUGCCCAAACCACCUAUCCGCGAGGGGCCACCAACUCGCCCGCCAUACACGCCUACACUUGGUGGUCAGGCACCCCACUCGCAGCAGUUCCCACGCACCAGGAAGAUGUUUGACAAGGGUCCAGAUCAGGCUGCUGAGGAUGGAGAUGAGACAGCCAUUCACCGGAGCUUCAUCAGUGUUAGUCUGCAGACGGGUGUGUGUGACUGGAGUGCAAAAUACUUUGCUCAGCCUGUUAUGAAGAUUCCAGAAGAGCAUGAUUUGGAAAGUCAGUCCCGUAAGGAAAGAGAAUGGCGAUUUUUACGUAACGCUCGAGUACGGAGGCAAAGCCAGCGAGUCAUUCAGAGAGGAGUGACAAGGUUAGAUGAUCAGAUCUUCAUCAACAGAAACCCAGGAGUGCCAUCAGUGGUGAAGUUUCAUCCAUUUAACUCCUGCAUUGCUGUAGCUGACAAAGACUCAAUCUGUUUUUGGGACUGGGAGAAAGGAGAAAGACUGGAUUAUUUUUACAAUGGAAACCCACGGUACACGCGCAUCACAGCUAUGGAGUACCUGAAUGGGCAUGACUGCUCUCUCCUCCUCACUGCAACUGAUGAUGGGGCAUUGAGAAUUUGGAAAAACUUUGCUGACCAGAGAAAUCCUGAGAUGGUUACAGCAUGGCAGGGGCUAUCCGACAUGCUGCCCAGCACACGAGGUUUGGCCCGACGUGUCUCAAUCUAUCUUGACAGAAGUAAGCAGGGAGGUGCAGGUAUGGUGGUGGACUGGGAACAGGAGACUGGUCUCUUGAUGACUUCAGGUGACGUGCGAGUCAUUCGCAUCUGGGACACAGAACGAGAAAUGAAAGCCCAGGACAUCCCAACAGGAGCUGACAGCUGUGUGACCAGCUUGUCAUGUGAUCCUCAGCGGUCACUAAUAGCUGCAGGUCUUGGAGACGGAUCAGUACGAGUUUUUGACCGCAGAAUGGGACCCAACGAAUGCCGUGUGAUGACGUAUAGGGAACAUGCUGGAUGGGUUGUGAAGGCACAUCUGCAAAAGGAGGGAGAAGGGAAUAUUAUCAGUGUCAGUGUGAAUGGAGAUGUGCGGUUCUUUGAUCCACGGUUACCAGAAACAAUCAAUGUCUUGCAGACUGUGAAAGGACUGACAGCACUAGACAUCCAUCCUCAGGCCAGCUUGUUCGCCUGUGGCUCCAUGAAUCAGUUUAUAGCAGUGUAUAACUCCAAUGGGGAUGUUAUCAGUAACAUUAAAUACUAUGAUGGUUUCAUGGGGCAAAGAAUUGGAGCCAUCAGCUGCCUGGCCUUCCACCCAUACUGGCCUCACCUGGCAGUGGGCAGUAAUGACUACUACAUGUCAAUCUACUCGGCAGAAAAGAGACUCAGAUAACAUCAUGACAUCUUUCUGACCCCUGCUUUACCAACCCCCUGCGUGCACCCACAUGUGAAGACUACAAUUAGUAUAAUUAUUAUCAUAAUUUUCAUUUUAAAAUGGAUUGUACACUUUUAGAUUGUACAUAAAGAUAGAAAAACAACUCAAUUCUGCAGUCAAAGCAGGCUGAUGAGUUUGGGACUGUAAACCUUUUUUAAACCCCUGCAGAAUCCGAAAAAGCAACCUGAAGAAGGGAUCUCUAUGAAGGAUGACAGACAUACAGAAGCUUCCCAGGUUUUGGGUUUUCACACUGGUGCCUGACUAUGAAAGAACUCAGAGAACUCCCUGAAGCCCUAUGUGUAGAACAAUGCUCUCAUGAAAAACUGACAGUCUAGCUGUAGAACUGUGUGUGCGUGUGCGUGUGUGUGUGUGUGUGUGUGUGUGUGUUGCACGUUAAGGAGGCUACAAAGAGCUAAUAGAUUCUAAAUGACCAUUCUAAAUGGCCGAUUACAGCCUCCCUCCACAUAUAAUUCCUUGAUUAACAUGCAUGUACACACGGUGCCAAAUCCUCUCCCUGUGCUGGGAAAGAAAUGCACAAAAAAGAGGGUAAAUGUCUAAAGGUUUUAACACAGAACUGUCAAGACAAUAAGAAAGGGCGAGGCUUUCGCAUCCAUUUUUCAAAACUGGGCCAUGCUGUUUCCUCAAGAUUUUUUGUUGUUUAUUGCAUUCAUGGUUCCUAUUUAAAAUUCAGUUAGUUGAGUAACACUGACAGUUUUUCCGAACAUUCGAUAUCCAACAGGCAACUUCGGUAUGUGUGACAUGUUUGUGUUUUUGUUGGGCAGUGAGAACUGGCCUGCAAAGCACACACCCAUCUACCUGACUUUUUUAUAAGCCGCUGUUUUCACAGCACUUUCUCUAUAAUGAACAAUGAACAUGUCCUGGUUACCCAAAGAAUGAAGCAGUAUGACCCACAAUCAAUAUCAUGUUUUCGCAGGAAUAAAACUAUUUACUUAAAGCUUGGGGUAAUGCAACAAUAAUCAUAAUUUGGUUUGAAUUAUUGUAAAUUUAGUACCUCAUCUCCUGUAUUAUAUAUAUUUUUUUCAUUUCUAUUUUCCCAUAAUCUGGUUAUUAAAAAAUAUCUUUAUUUAUAGAAUUAUUUUUGUUACCAGUUAAAUGGGUUGAUGGAAUUUGUUUUAUUUUUAACGAGCAACAUUUUUACCUUGCCAUCGUUUAUCUGCUCAUUUUCAGAAAUUAUGUUUUUCAUGAUUUGGAUGCCACUCAUAUGCUGUUAUCAUGCAUUAAUCCUAAAGGAAAUAUUAGAUUUGUUUGCAACAAAAUGAGAAUGUAGUUGAGCACCUAUCAAUGGAUUUGUAUGCUAAGGGACUAGGGAGGUACUUUAUCUUCAUGAUAAUAGAAAUCUUUACGAUUCUACUAAUCCUUAAUAUUUUGUAUAUUUAAGAAUCUAUUACAAUAAAUGUAAACAAGCAGGUGUUUUCUGUGGCUGUACAAUGCUUUUUACCAUAGUUUAGAAUAACCAAGGAAAUCAAUCAAAUAAACCAGAUGCAUAAAUCUCAUAUUUGCUUGUCUUUUUAGUCUUCCUUUCAUCCCUGCCCUUUUGCAGUUAACCCCCUAUCAUACUUUUCUUAAUUUAGUAUAAAUCCUUGGGUGGGGGGUUGCAUCCUUGUAUUCAUUGAUUAGAUAAACCACAUUAUUAUUAUUUAUUUUGUCAUUGUAACUAAAUUGGUUAAGUUUAAGUAACAUAAAAAUAUUUGUUGAUUUGACAAAAAUGCUGCAUAUUUUUAAAGUGUACAGUUCCAUCAGGGAAAACCCAGUUUACUUAGUGAAUUGCAUUAAUUAUUUGCUCGCCUUUUUUAAUAUACUGAUGGCAAAAGGUAAGACGUGUUUUUAUAUCACGUUCUGUUAACUGUGAAUUUUAUUUAAUAAUUUAGUGUGUACAUUAGGUCUCUUAACUAAUGUCAUGUGCUAUAAAACCUGUUCUUAAAAAUCUGUUGAUUGUCACAGUAUAAAUGGCGGAAUGUGUUUUUGUCAACAUUAGCUUGAAGAGAUUUAGUAGAUCUGUUAAAGUUUGUUUUGCUUACGUAUUGUAACCUGUAAGUCUGUACAUGUCCAUGUCAUUUAUACUUUUAGUUUGGUGAAUUUUCUGGACACUUUGUUUAAAUACCUAUAAUGUGGUUUAAUAGUUCUAUUAUUUGGAAAUGUUGUUGUAUGAUCAGAGGAAAUUAUGCCAUAACCUAGGUUUUUUGUGAAACGCCGUUAAUUGUCUGCAUCCAUGUGCACAGCAAUGUCUAUGUUCUCUGAUUUGUUACCAGGGGAGGAUCUAGAAAAUUAUUUAUGGGGUGGCAUGAGAACUAUGACACUGAAGUCUCCAUGCGUGGUUCUUGUGGAUUUAAAAAAUUAAAGGAAUAGUUUACUUUCAUAAAAAAAUCUAUAAUUUACUCACCCUCAUGUCAUUCAAGAUGUUUCGGUCUCUCUUUGCUCAGUCAAGAAUAAUUUACAUUUUUGAGAAAAAAAUUAAGUUACAAACAGGGGCGUCGGACUGGGGGUAAAACCAGUACUGAUUACCAGGGCCCCAAAGGAAGAGAGGGCCCUUGAAAAGUCUG